AUGCAUGUGCCGAAGCUCCUCGUGGGUCUUGUUGGCGUGGCCAAUGCAGCUUGUCCGUACAUGACGGGUGAUACGCCCGGUCUUGAACCUCGUGACGGUGGAGACGCUGCUUCGGACACCGAAGACUACCUCUCCCAGUUCUAUCUGGAUGACAAAGAUGCCUUCAUGACAUCGGACGUUGGUGGUCCGAUUCCAGACCAAAACAGUUUGAGUGCUGGUGAGCGGGGCCCGACCCUGCUUGAGGAUUUUAUCUUCCGUCAGAAGAUUCAGCGUUUUGACCAUGAGCGGGUCCCCGAACGCGCCGUCCACGCACGCGGCGCCGGUGCCCACGGAGUCUUCACAUCAUACGGCGACUGGUCAAACAUCACCGCAGCUUCAUUCCUCUCCGACGAGAAUAAGGAAACACCAAUGUUUGCUCGCUUUUCUACCGUCGCGGGCAGCCGCGGAAGUGCCGACACAGCGCGUGAUGUGCAUGGGUUCGCGACGCGCUUCUAUACGGACGAGGGAAAUCUCGAUAUUGUCGGAAACAACAUCCCCGUAUUCUUCAUCCAAGACGCAAUCCUUUUCCCAGACCUGAUCCACGCAGUGAAACCCCGUGGUGAUAAUGAAAUUCCCCAGGCAGCCACUGCACAUGACUCGGCCUGGGAUUUCUUCAGCCAGCAGCCAAGUUCAUUGCACACUCUAUUCUGGGCGAUGGCCGGACACGGUAUUCCCCGAUCAUUCCGCCAUGUCGAUGGUUUCGGGGUGCACACUUACCGCUUCGUGACUGAUGACGGGGCUUCGAAGCUGGUCAAGUUCCACUGGAAGACUUUGCAGGGUAAAGCUAGUUUCGUGUGGGAGGAGGCUCAGCAGACUGCUGGCAAGAAUGCGGAUUUCAUUCGUCAGGAUCUUUUUGAUUCUAUCGAGGCUGGGAGAUAUCCUGAGUGGGAGCUCGGCGUUCAAAUUAUGGAAGAAGACGACCAACUCCGCUUCGGAUUCGACCUCUUCGAUCCAACCAAGAUCGUACCAGAAGAACUCGUCCCCAUCACCCCUCUCGGCAAGAUGCAACUGAACCGAAACCCACGAAACUACUUUGCCGAAACCGAACAAGUCAUGUUCCAACCGGGCCACAUCGUGCGCGGGGUCGAUUUCACCGAGGACCCUCUCCUCCAAGGCCGCAUCUUCUCCUACCUAGACACCCAACUUAACCGCCACUCCGGACCCAACUUCGAACAACUCCCGAUCAACCGCCCACGUGUCCCAAUCCACAACAACAACCGCGACGGCGCAGGACAGAUGUUCAUUCCCCUAAACAAAGACGCUUACACCCCCAACACCCCCAACGCCGGCUCACCCAAACAAGCGAACCAAACCGUCGGAAACGGGUUCUUCACGACCCCCGACCGAGGUACAAGUGGCAAGUUAGUCCGUUCCGUGAGUUCGACAUUCACAGACGCCUGGUCCCAGCCCAGAUUAUUCUGGAACUCGCUCGUUCCAGCGGAAAAACAAUUCGUCGUUGAUGCGAUGCGCUUCGAGAAUGCGAAUGUCGUUAGCCAGGUGGUUCGGAAUAACGUGAUCGUCCAACUUAACCGCAUCAGCAAUGAUCUUGCGAAACGCGUUGCGGAGGCUAUCGGUGUUGAUGCGCCGUCGCCGGAUCCGACGUUCUACCAUAAUAAUACGACUGCGCACAUCGGUGCGUUCGGGCAGAAGUUGCUCAAGCUUGAGGGGUUGAAGGUUGGACUUCUUGCUUCUGUUCAAAAUCCCAGUUCUAUUGCCCAGGGAGCGAAACUCCAGGGUUUACUUUCGAGUGCUGGUGUUGACGUUGUCGUGGUGGGUGAGCGUAUGGCGCAUGGUGUGAACCAGACGUAUUCUGCGUCGGAUGCGACUAAUUUUGAUGCGGUGCUUGUUGCUGAUGGGGCACAAGGGCUCUUUGGCUCCAGCUCUGAAGGUGCUAAUAAGGGCGCAACGUCAUUGUAUCCGGCUGGGAGGCCUGUGGAGAUUCUAGGAGAUGCGUUUAGGUUUGGGAAGACGGUUGGUGCUCUCGGGAAGGGUGGGAGUGCGCUUGAUGCUGCGAAUAUUUCGCAGAAAAGGGAGGGUGUUUUUGUUGCGACCUCUGUUGGGGAUGAGUUCGUUAAUGGGUUGAAGGAGGGAUUGCGUACUUUUAAGUUCUUGGAUCGCUUUGCGCUGGACGCGUAG